AUGCCCACUUUACAGAUAGAGAAAGUGACGCAUGGUGAGCUAAGAUAUUCUUUUCUCCUUUCAAUUAGCACUUAUAAUAAGAUGUGGGCAGAAGCCCAAGAAGCCCUCAACGGUCUGCUGCAGAGGGAGAUAGAAGAUAAGUCCCUAAAGCCACAGAAGGAUCGCAUAACAGUGUUCCAGACUUUAGCCACCUUCUACAUCAAAUAUGUGCAAAUUUUCUGUAACUUGGAGACUGUCUACGACCAGAUCGUUCACCCACAAAAACGGUUAGUGAUUCGGCAAGUGCUGGAGGGAGUGAUGGGCCGUAUCCUGGAGCUGAAGAAUGAAAUGGUGGAGCUGGAGAACUCAGAGUUUCAUUACUUUGAUGAUAUCCUGCAAGAUCUUAAGCUGUCCCCUGAACACAUAGAAAUCCCUAUCCCAAGGUAUUUUAUUAGGGAGAAGCUGAAGGUGCUGAGAGAGAGGGAGAAAAUUCUUGCUCAGAUUUUAAUUAAUUCUGGAUUGCAAGACAUCAAACCGAAGAAAUACAUAAAGCCCUUGCCUCUCGAAGAAGUCAUUAGAGUAAUCCAGAUUUCGGAGAGGGCUCGGCAGGGUCGCCUAAGGGCUACAUUCAUGAAGCAAAUCUACCUGGAAGAAAAGAGAGAAAGACAAGCCAGACUUCAGGGAGUAAAAGGUCCGAAUUUGGAUGCUGCCGCACUUCGUAUUCAAAAGGUUUGGCGUGGAUUUACCCAGUGGAAGAAAACAGUGAAAAUGAGAGAAGAGGAAAUGAUAUUUCUGGGGAUGAACCCACCUCCUCAGUUCCAGAGGAUAAGUGCUUCAGUAGCACGUGCCCAGAAUGUGGAAACCAAGAGGUGUGAGGUCCAGGGGAGGCAUGAGACUGAAUACGAGAAAGCUCUGGUAUCCAUCAAGACCCAUCUGAGAGAAGUAGAAGGUCCUGACAUCAAGGAAAGUCUUCAGGAUCAGAUCCGCCAGUGGUUCAUUGAGUGCCGGCAUAUUACAGGCAAGUUUCCUGACUACCCUAAUGAAGAGGAGGGAGGUUCAACUGCGAUUUUUUCUCAAAAAACCCCAGACCAGGUUGCUGCCGAGCUGGCUGCUAAAGAAGAAGAAGCAGCUGUAAAGAAAAAAACCAAAGAAAAGGGGAAAAAAGAAAAAGAGAAAAAGAAGAAGAAGAAGAAGAAAGGGAAAGGGAAAGAGAAAAAAGGAAAGACGGAUACUGAAGAAGAGGAGGGCUGGAAAAUGGCUCCUAGUAAUUUCCUCCCUAUAAUGGAGGAAGGAAACAACCAAUACAAAGAUGUUUGGCAGAACAGAGAUGAGCGAUGGAAUUUCCCCCAGGAGUAUGACCCAGAAUUGAUCAAAGAGGAGAAGCGGAAAGAAGUGGAGGAGGAGAUCAGAGUGCAGGUUGAUGAGCUGAUGCGACAGGAACUGAAGAAUCUGAAACUGGCAGUGGACAGAGAGAAGGAGAAAAAACGGAAAAAGGGGAAAAAAGGUGGAAAGAAGAAAAAGAAAAAAGGGAAGAAAAGUGGGAAGAAGAAAAAGGAGAAAGAUUUGACUCCCGACAGGACAAUUGAUUCUCUGUACGAGGAACUAGUAGAAGGAGGAUUACUAAUAAAGCCCAAGACAGUGAAACUCUCUGAUUAUGUUGGCGAGUACAGCUAUCUGGGGACUACGCUUCGUCAGGUAGAUAUAGAGCCAAUGCCCUCUCUCACAGAUGUCAGACAGCUAAUAGCACUGUAUGGAAUAUUGCCAUUAGGUUCUCAAGCAGUACAUGAGAAGGCUCCUUUGGUGAAAGCCCUGUUGCUAGCUGGGCCCACAGGAGUAGGAAAGAAAAUGCUGGUGCAUGCCCUCUGCACAGAAACAGGAGCCAAUCUCUUCAACUUGUCUGCCUCUAACAUUGCUGGGAAAUACCCAGGCAAGAGUGGUCUGCAAAUGAUGCUCCACAUGGUGUUCAAGGUGGCUAAGCAGCUACAGCCUUCAGUCAUCUGGAUUGGAGACGCAGAAAAAACAUUCUACAAAAAAGUGCCAAAGUCUGAAAAAGAGAUGGAACCUAAACGUCUGAAAAAGAAUCUCCCCAAAAUCCUGAAGAGUUUGAAAGCAGAGGACAGAGUCCUGGUUGUGGGGACUACCCAACGUCCCUUUGAUGCCGACCUCCGACCUUUCUGCAGAGUUUACAAAAAAAUCCUUCUGAUUCCCAGGCCAGACUAUGCUUCAAGAUUUGUCUUAUGGAAACACAUCAUCCUACAGAAUGGAGGGGCUGUCACCAAAUCAUUGAACAUAAGUUGCCUAGCAAAGGUUUCCGAUGGUUUCACCCAGGGACACAUCGUUUAUGCAGUGCAAACUGUCCUCAGUGAACGACGCCUCAGGCAGAUGACUAACAAGCCACUGACAGCUGCUGAGUUCCUGAGUUCCCUGGCCAGGCAGGACCCAGUAUACAAAGAGGAAGAAGAAACGUAUAAGAUUUGGUAUGCCAAGACACCUCUGGGGAAAGCACGAGCCAGAGCACUGAUGGAAGGUGAGGAAGUAGGAAAAGGAAAAGGAAAAGGAAAGGAUAAAGGGAAAAAGAAGGGAGGAAAGAAAGGGAAAAAGAAGAAAAAGUAA